CUUUCAUCUUCUGUUUGAGUAUCUUGUUUUCACCCGCCCUGAAUUACGGAAAUUGCGCCGAGCGUCAUUACCUGAUCAAACCAGUGGAUUGCGGCAUCGAGAAUAAUGAGUUUCAGCUGGUUGCUGUUCUGAUUCAAAAAGAAAAGCAUGUGGACCUGCUGUGUCCCUUCUGCGUUGAUAGCAAUUGUCAAACCAAUGGAGGUCGUGGUGCUGGUUCUUAUGAUUGCGAUUGUAGGACAAAAUAACACUACGCAUGUCUGUCCGCAUCAAUUGGCACACCGCCAAUUUAGAGAGAACGACAAUAUGCGUUACGCAUGCUGCCUUGCAAGAGUAUGGAGUAGAGUACGGCCAAGAAAUCCAAGGUGGUCUAUCCGAGGCAUUGGCAAGACGUAAGCUGGGGUGACGUACAGACUACGUGUCAAUGGCAGCAGCACUGAAAUUUGCCCUGCAGUACACCAGCCUCUUCGAUACGUAGGAUGGAUACCGCAAUCAGCUAAAAUACACAACUAGCACUGUGGGCGUCACUAUCUGCCCUUGUUAUUUGGCUGCCUCCACCAAGUUGGGUAUGCGUCGUAAGCACGGAGUGACUGGCAUGGCAUCAGUUGUGAUAGAGGAUGGCGGGACGGCAAAUGCGGCCAAGAACAGCCCCUCGCCUUCCCCUGGAACUCACAGCAACGAGGAAGUGGAAGUACUUCGU